GGUCCUGUGACGUCAGCCCUAGGCCCCGCCCCCUUCGGCGGAGCCAACCGAAGCGCUGGGAGCGGGGGGCCUCCACAAACUCGCGCGCACGGGCGCGCGAGCGGCAGACCAGGAGGCCAGGCGCGAUGGACCUGGCGUUUCCUGGUGUCCAGGGUCAGGCCCAGCUGCCGCCACCCGAAGCGUGGCCGCUGGUUGGCUCCGAGGAGGAGCUCUAUGACUGUCCGGCUUACUACUACCUGCGCGACUUCCCGGCCUGCGGGGCCGGGCGCAGCAAGGGCCGGACGCGGCGCGAGCGGGAACUGCGCACCAACUGGCGGGUGCCCGGCGGCCACGAGCGCAGGAUCGCGCAGAAGCUCCUCAACGGCCAGCGCAAGCGUCGCCAGCGCCAGCUGCAGCCCCGGCCGCGCACCCGUCUCGCCUGAGUGCUGGUGCGUGCAGGCCCGCGGGAGCGCUCCGGUCCGCCCCCUGCAACUCGAACGGGGCACAGUCGCCCCCUCCUGAGGCUGCCCCGCGUAGCGAGUCAUUAGCUGGGCCCCCUAAACUCCCAGCCUGUCUCCCGGCGGCAGUUAAAAUUCUACCUUUUGGAAUUUUUUAGUUGGGUAGAAGGGGCUAGGAAACGCAGAAAACAUCUUUCUAAAAAUACAAGUAAGGGAUUUACUUCCAGUGUUUAUGCACGGACUAAAGAGAAUUGGUUUUUGUUUUUGUCUGGUUUUCAACAGGAUACCCAUACCCAAAGGACCUGAUAAAAGUAUUUUCUCUGACUCCAGCUAUAACUCUGGUCCUAAGGGGAACAGUCCAUGUUGGUCAACAGAACUUCUUUUCGACAUCGCUUAAGUUCAGUAUCUUUUCCUCACUGAUUCUUAAUUAAGUAACAUCCAAGUGGGUAUGCCUGUUUAGGGUUUUUAAUUAAAAGAGCAGCAAGAAUGGCAUUUUAACUCUUCUGGUGUUUUUUUUAAGUUGCUGUGGUAACUUGUUUCAAGUCCACAAAUAUUUGAGUUCUUAUCUGCAAAGAAGAGGUCACAAAGACGAAUGUGGGCAGAACAAAGAUAGGAAUUCUCUGCGCUGCUGACCCCACAGCAAUUCUUUGAAGCGAAUGCUAGCUCCAUUUUACGGACGGGAUUCUGAGGCACAGAACUCAAGUAACUUUCCAGAGGUCAUACAGCUAAUUAGAAAACCUGGCAUAACAGAUACUCAAAAGCAUUCACUC